GUGUGAGCUGUUUGGCCACCGGAGCCAAUCGAAAGCUGGGACUUGAUCCUCUCCUCGGGCAGUGGCUGAGAGGAGCCAGUCCCGAGCUCCCCCCUCCGCAGCCGGGACCCGGCGAAGCCGCCUCGCUCGCUCCGGGCACCGCGCUCCCGCAGCGGGCGCCUAUGGGCAUCCGCACCGCGCCGGGGCUGCGCACCACCGCCGGCGGGCGACGACGGCGACCCCGCUGCACGCCGCCUCUGGAUCUAUAGCCGGCAGGACGGAGCGCGCCGCAGACCCUUCCCCGCCUCGCUACAGAUGACUAUAUUUCUAUUACUAGAGGUUUUCUACUCCAAACCUUAUUCCAGUAGAGCUGCUAUGGAGGGUAAAGAGCAGAUUUUAAGCCCAUGGAAACUUUGCCCAGUACUUCAGGGAGAACAGCUUUUGCCCAGAUAUUCCUAAAUGAUGAUUUGGAAAUUUGCCUUGUCGGUCUUCCUGAUGGCAGCGCUGGUUAGACUAACAGACACCAGGAAAAACCGCCCUGCGGGAGCCAUCCCAUCCCCAUACAAAGACAGCAGCAGCAACAACUCGGAGAGGAGGCAGCAGCUGAACAAGGAGGUGCUGGCCUCCAGCCAGGAGGCGCUUGUGGUCACUGAGAGGAAGUACCUCAAGAGCGACUGGUGCAAAACGCAGCCCCUGCGGCAGACUGUCAGUGAGGAGGGCUGCAUAAGCCGCACCAUCAUCAACCGCUUCUGCUAUGGGCAGUGCAACUCCUUCUACAUACCGCGGCAUGUGAAAAAGGAGGAGGAGUCCUUCCAGUCCUGUGCUUUCUGCAAGCCACAUAAGGUCACCUCUUCGACAGUGCAGCUGGAGUGCCCUGAGCUGGACCCACCUUUCCGACUCAAGAAAAUUCAGAAGGUGAAGCAGUGCCGCUGCAUGUCUGUGAAUUUGAACAACUCGGGCAAAUUGUGAGAGCAGGCGUGUAGCUACUAAUUGGUGUUGUCUCCGCCAGACUUACUGCUGCCUCUCCUCUUCUGUUGGGCAGACUGUCUCUUCUUGGUUUGUUUUUUCCUUUUUUUUUUUGUUUUCUUUUUUGUUUGUUUGUUUUCUUUCAGAAGGCAUCUCUCCAGCAAGGAAAGGCUCCUUGUCACUUGCCUACUGGAAUAAAGCUUUUUAAUGGGCUGUGUUAUGCACUUCACCAUAAAGUUUCAGCAUAUGUCCAAUAUCAUCUGGCGGUUGAACCUUCCAGAGUGGAGCAAGCUCCCAGAAGUUGGGAUUGAUCAUCUAAGUGACCAGUUGGCUGAAUCCAGCAUUAAAUGUUUCCACUGUGUGGAGUAAAGCCCCCUGCCCUACACUCCAGUCCCUUCCACGAGAAGAGAACGCCUUCCUGGUGCGUUGGUCCGGAGCUUGCUGCACUCUGACGUGCUGGGGUGCGGCCCGGAACCGGGUGAUGCAGACAAGGAGAGUAGCAAGGAGUAACACGCGGAAAGAAAGUGAGACCCUCUGAUGAGGCUCAGCUUCUUAAGACAGCUUUAAUUGUGCAAUGACAAACUGUUCAGGGCUUGUAGUCUGAACUGCAGAUGAGAACUGGAAGGGAGAGGGCGAAGCAUCAGGUUAGCCACCAUGAUCACAUCAGCAGAUUGAAGAUGGAUUCUUAUGCUGCUGUGGCUGGAAUACACUGAACAUGUGGUCUCUGCAGCAGUGUUUGUUUUGUAACCUAGUUAUAGUAAACAGCUGUUUAAAGUAUUAUAGACCUAGCCAUGUAUAUUUUUCUUGUGGCAGAAUAUGCCAGAGAUUAAAAUGUGUUGAGUAAGAGAUUUGCUUGCUAGGUCAGCUGCCUGGCUUAAAAUGAACGUUUUAACUAGGCUUUUAGUAGGUUUUGUGUGUUAUAUAUGUGUGUGUUUCUUACUUCAAAAGGACAACAUCCAUUUAUUACCUUAUAUUUAUGCCUGCUCAGACUGGGAAAGGUGGAUGGGUAGUGGGAGGGGAGCUGAGAACACUAACAGUGUUUCACUUAAGGUAUAAAAGCACUGUUGCACAAAGAACAAAAUUUGGUCAUUGCUGGUCCGAAUACAAAAGCGGCCUUAUGCAUUAGUGUCAUCAGGUGUUGGGAGUGGCACCUCUCCCAUGACUGGAAACCAUGCUAACAUGUUAGGGUUGAAGGACAGACCCAUCAGUCAGUGCUGCGGGAAUGGGUCACAGCUGUAUGAACAGGGGGAGAGUCAGCAGUAAUCACUACAGCUCUGGUGGUCCACUGUGCUUUUGAGUUCUACAUAAUCAAGUGUUGGUGAACACUUGCAGUUCAUUUUGAUCAUACUAUGUUGUUAUUCAGUUGGUGGAGUUUAGCAUGUCCUGUAUAUCCUGUUUGUUCCAGUUCUGAUCUGUAUUAGUACCAGCUGCAUUAAAAUCCUAAGAUGUCUAAAAACAAACCAGCCCCUUUCCCCAAACCAAAGCCUAUGCAUGCUCAAUCGUCUGAAGCUUACAAAUUAAAAAUGACAAGUUGGCUCCCUGAUGCAUGAAUUAGGGCUCAGCAUCUGCGUCUACUGAAACCAGCUUGCUGUGAGAACUCUUUCCUGCCAGUCUCUUUACAUGCAGCCACUUCAAGGGGUUAACAUGUUUAGGCAUCUGGCCAGCCAAAGAGUUCAGUGCCACAUUAUGCGAGACAGGCUGCUCUAAGAGGCUUUUGGGACUGAGCUCCACAAGAGCUCACCAAGCGGUUUAUGGGGAUUGGCACAGGCAGGAUGAGGUUGGUCAAGUAUGUAGCCCUAUUAGGUUAACAGCCAUAGGUUUUCUGCUGUGAUCGUUCAGAAGUGCACAGGGAGACCCUUCACACUGGGUUGCUUUAGAGGCUGUCACUGCGAUGCUGCCAGAGUCAUGCCAGAUGCUGCCAGCCACCAAACAGGCAAUGUUCAUUCUAGGCUUGAUAGUAUCGAUGUGGGUGUGGGGGAAGGUGGCAAUAGCUGUAAUCUGUUAUGACUCCAGGGAUCUCAGUCUCCACUUGAAAGAAAUGAACUGAAAGUCAGGCAUUUUGGACUGGAGAGAGAAAAACACCCUAGUGACUUCAGUUAGGAAAAAUGUGCAAGAAUCUUUAUCUUUAAGCUAUGCCCUGCCUGUUUUUUUCACCAGAUUGCAAUAUGAAUAUGCUGCAGCUUAAAGCUCCUUCUAGGAGCUGUGUUUAUGUAAAAAUUGAGUUGAGCUUGUAAUGGUUAAAACUGUAUUUAAUUCUUGUUUUAUAAAUGAAAACAAAAAUGAAGAAAUGCUAUAAGUAUAAUGUAAUUAUUUUAUAGGUCUACUAUUAAAUUAUAGAUUAAAUAAUAAAGCUACUAUAGGGUUAUAUG